AUGGCGGCCGGCGCCCGAGCCUCCGCCCAGGGCGGCGCAGUGGCCGCCACUACAGGGCCUGCCGCGGGCAACGUGGCCACUGUGCUGCGCCGCGCCGCGCCCGCCCUGGCGCCAUUCGUGCAGCUGCGCGGUUUCGCUGCGGCCGCGCAGCCAGCGCUGCAGACUGACAUGUUCUGCUUCCAGUGCGAGCAGACGCAGGACGGCACUGGCUGCACCACCACCGGCGUCUGCGGCAAGACGCCCCUCGUGGCCGGCCUGCAGGAUCUGACCAUGUACUCUCUCAAGGGCCUCGCGGCCUGGUCCCUGGCCGCGCGUGCUGUCGGUGUCAUCGACCCCGAGAUUGACACUUUCAUCAACGGGUCUGUCUUUGCCACCCUCACCAACGUCAACUUUGAUGACGCGCGCUUCGUGGAGAUCCUGCAGCAGGCAGACGCCUUCAAGGCGCGCCUGGCGGCAGCCGUCAAGGCCAAGGGGGGCGCGCCGCCCCAGGGUGCCUCCGCUGAGGAGCUGGGCUGGGGGGCUGCCGGGCUGCCGCACCCCGUGUCGUGGAGCGUGCCCAAGGGGGCGGGCGCCAAGGAACUGCAGCGCAUCUCGCGCCAGGUGGGCGUCGACGCGCGCCGCCGCACCCUGGGCGCCACCCUGGCAGGCCUGCAGGAGUGCCUCGCAUACGGCAUCAAGGGCGUCGCCGCCUACACCCACCACGCCGACAUGCUCGGCGCGCGCGACCCUGCCCAGUACGCCGCCAUCCAGGAGGCCCUGGUGUUCCUGGCCUCCCCCGCCGCCAAGGACGCCGGUGCCGUGCUGGAGUGGCUGCUGCGGCUGGGGGGCGUCAACCUCAAGACCAUGCAGAUGCUGUCCGAGGCCCACGCGGGCAGGUUUGGCGCCCCCGAGCCGACCCAGGUGACGCUGUCGGUGCGCCCCGGCCCCUGUAUCCUCGUCAGCGGCCACGACAUGGCGGACAUGGACGCCCUGCUGCAGGCCACAGAGGGCAAGGGCAUCAACGUCUACACUCACGGCGAGAUGCUGCCGGCCCACGCCUACCCCGGGCUGAAGAAGUACCCCCACCUGGCAGGGCACUACGGCGGCCCCUGGCAGCUGCAGAAGCGCGAGUUUGCGAUGUUCCCUGGCGCCAUCCUGGCCACCACCAACUGCGUGCUGGAGCCCCCCAAGAGCUACAAGGACCGCCUCUUCACCACAAACGAGGCCGGCCUCACGGAUGCGUGGGGUUGCCGCGCGUGCGUGUGA